ACUCUUCCAGUCGGGUCAAGAUCCUUAUAUUCCUUCUAAAUCUAGUAGCACACCCUAGAAUGACUAAUCUUCCUCACUAAUGUUAUUAUUACAAAGUUCUCUUAUCAAAACAAAUGAAAGACAUUACUAUAAAACUAGUCUAUCAAAUUGGGUUGCAAUUAAACUAAUUCCGCUCUUUGUACUAAUUUUGUCGGAACGGCGCACCGAAUGCAGAAAUUAAAAAAAAAAAUUGCUUUUAUUUUUUUUCUGUUUCUUUUUGCUUCAAAAAGUUAUAUAAUGACUCUAUUAUUCGAAUAUUUAUAUUCAUUAUUGGUUUAACUACUUUCAUUCUUGUUCCUUCAUUCAUUACAUAUGGUAGUAUCGUCUUAUAUACUCCCAUAAUCACAUACAAUAAUUGUACCGAAACAAGUAAUAACAUGAAUAUUUUGAAUAGUCCUGUGUCGGAAAUGUCAAACGAAAAGCCGAUCAAGUCUAACCCAGAUGAUCAAACAAAGGAUAUUAACAAGGACCAAUUAAGAUCCCUAGAGCUUACUCGAGAAGCAGACGAUUCACAAGAAGACAGUAACGUGGCGAAAGAAAGUAUUGAUGUGGAGAAGCAAAUUGUGACCGAGGACCGUUCUAUUGAUCGUGGAUAUGCUUGGGUUAUUUGUUUUGCAAGUUUCUUAAUCAAUUUUGCUAGUUGGGGUCAAAAUUCAGGAUUUGCCAUUUAUUUCUCCUAUUAUUUAAACAAUGAUACUUUCAAAGGUGCUACCAAGAUGGAUUAUAGUUUUAUUGGUGGUAUAGCGUUUGGGGUUGGGUUAUCAUUCAGUCCUGUAAUUAAUUAUAUGAUGGGUAAAGUUGGUACCAGACCAACCAUAGCCAUUGGUAAUUGUUUACAAUUCACAGCAUUAAUGCUUGCUAGUUUCAGUCGCAAGAAAUGGCAGUUAUAUUUAACUCAAGGUUUAAUGCAAAGUUUUGGUUUGGCCUUAGUUUCCAUCCCAGGAACAACUAUUCUCCCUCAAUAUUUCAAAAAGAAAAGAGUCUUAUCAGGUGGAUUGGCUACUGCUGGUUCUGGUGUUGGUGGUAUAUGUUUCAAUUUAGGUAUGCAACAUGUGGUGGAGACUAAAAGUGUGUUUUGGGCAUUGAGAAUUCAAAGUAUUAUUGGAUUCAUUCUUGUAUGGAUCGCUAUCAUUCUUAUAAGAACCAAAGAUAAAAAGAUUAAUAUUCAAUUCACAGCAUUCGACAAAGAUAUAGUUCAAACGGCUGGGUUUUGGAUUUUCGCCUUAUUCGUCAUAACUUGUAUGUUUGGAUAUGUUGUUGUGUUAUAUACGUUAGCUGAGUUCACUACUGCCUUAGGUUAUUCUGAAUAUCAAGGGUCAAUCGUAUCUGCCAUGGUUCAAUUGGGUUCUGCUCUUGGUAGACCAUGUGUUGGAUUAUUAGCUGAUAAAUUUGGUGGUGUAACAGUAGCCACUGGUGCAUAUACUAUUGUUGGUAUACUAUGUUUAGCCAUGUGCAUCCCAGCUCGUACAUUUGGAACAGCAAUUGCAUUUGCUCUUUUUACAGGUGCUUUAAUGGGUUCAAUCUACGGAAUGUUAGCUCCAGCAGUGGCUCGUACAUUUGGAUUCAAGAAAAUGAAUGUAACAUUCAGUAUGAUUUGGAUGAUAAUGGGAGUAGCUGGAUUAUUCUCUCCUGUAAUAGGAAUUAAAUUGAAAAGAGGUGAAGGAGGAUUUGUCGAUCCAACUCAAUAUGUAGAUUGUUCAAUAUUUGCUGGUGUAUCAUUUUUAGCUGCUGCUUUAUGUUUAUUAUUAUUAAGAGGAUAUAUCAAAGCCAGAGAUUUUCUUUCUGAACAAGGUGAUUCAGAUAAUAUGGAUCCCAUUGGAUUGACAGUCACACCCAUGGCAGUUAUUACCAGUUGCUUUAAAGCAAGUCACGAGAAGACAUGAUCAUAAAAAACGUUUGCAUGUAUCUAGGAUACCAUAUAAAAAAUUAAUAUACAAUAUAAUUAGAUAGUUCUCGAGAGAGAUGUAGCGACCACAAAAAAAAAUAAAAAAAUAAAAAAAUAAAAAAAAACAAAAGCAGAAGGAAGCUUUAA